AUGCCCAGCGCCGCAGCCUCCGGGGCAAGCACGGGUGACGGCGCUGCCCGUCAUCGAGAGCACAAGCAGGGGAACCAGGGCCGAACAUACACAGUCGAGCAGAAAGAAGCCGUCUUGCGAAUCCGACGAUGCGACGCCACCGCCUUCUACGACAUCCUGGGCCUCGAAAGCGUAAAGACGUCCUGCACAGAGUCCGACAUCAAGAAGGCGUAUCGAAAGCAGUCGCUCCUGACCCACCCCGACAAAAACGGACACGAACACGCCGAUGAGGCGUUCAAAAUGGUCAGCCGGGCGUUUGGCAUCCUAGGAGACAAGGAAAAGCGCGACAAGUACGACAAGUCGGGCAUCGACCCGGACAGCCGAUUCGCCAGCGCGCAGGCGCAGAAUCCCUUUUCCGGAUUCGCUUCGCGUCAAGCGACGGGGGGCAUGGGUGGCAGGUGGGAAGAGGAGCUGAGCCCGGAAGAAAUGUUUGCAAGAUUUUUCGGCGGCGGCGGCGGCGGCGGAGCGUUUGGAAGUGGCCCAUUUGGAGGUGGCCCCCAGUUCGUAUUCAACUUUGGCGGCGGCCCAGGCAUUCGAGUGCAUCAAUUUGGCGGCGCCACACCGAGAAGACGACCUCGAGAAGCGCGGGACGAGGGGGAGCAGCAACAGCAACAGGGCGGUCUGCAAAACCUCAUGACGUUGCUGCCGAUUCUCAUCUUUUUCAUCCUGCCGGUGCUGUCCUCGCUGUUUACUGGUGGAUCGUCGGGUUCAUCAGCGCCGCACAUGCAAUGGGACCAUCCCAAGGCCCCCUACACGGAGGGCCGCACCACGCCAAAGUACAACAUCAACUAUUUCGUCAACCCCAGGGAUAUCCAGUCGUACAACAAAGCAAAGCUGGCUCAGCUGGACCGCGCGGCCGAAGGCAACUUCCUGCGGUUCCUGGACAACAUGUGCGAACACGAGAAUAUUGUGCAGCGCCGCAUGCGGGAAGACGCCAUGGGCUGGUUUUACGAAGAUGUCGACAAGAUGGCGGAGGCGAAUGCACACCCCAAGCCGCACUGUGAUAGACUGAGAUCGCUGGGGUUCAGCCGGUGA